AUGAAUUGGAUGGGCAAGCAUCACGCUUUCAUUAUGACCGGGUCAUUUGAUCUCAUUGCUCGAGUUUAUCUAUCUAUCUAUCUAUCUAUCUAUCUAUCUAUCUAUCUAUCUCUAAGCGUACAUAAAAUAUUUUCAUCACACUCUCGUAUAUCUAUCUAUCUAUCUAUCUAUCUAUUUUCGCUUGCUCAUAUCCGACAAUCCGAUGAAGGUCUUACGGCCGUGCACGAUGGUGUCCGGCGUGAAGUCGCAGUUCUUUUCCAUAAACGACUCGUUCCUCGUGAAGUGGUCCUUGUUGAGGCACGUGAACGAGUAGUCGACGCGACACACGAGACCAGACGACGGUGUCAACAACUUCAGUAUAUUUAUCUUUCUAUCUUAACCUGUUUCUAUCUAUCUAUCUAUCUAUCUAUCUAUCUAUCUAUCUAUCUAUCUAUCUAUCUAUCUAUCUCCGAUUACUACUUUCUAAAUAUUUAUCUUACGUUGAUUCAUAUGAUCUCUCAAUCUUCUUCUCUCUUUAUAUAUAUAUGCUUCAAUGCACGUGCUCACAUACAUGUAUACACGCACACACGCACUCCACAUCUAUCUAUCUAUCUAUCUAUCUAUCUAUCUAUCUAUCUAUCUAUCUGA